AUGGCUGUGAAUCUGUUGGAGGAUUGGUGCAAAGGGAUGGACCUGGACCCCAGGAAGGCCCUGCUCAUCGUGGGCAUCCCUGUGGAGUGUAGUGAAGAUGAAAUAAAAGAGACCCUGAAGGCGGGCUUACAGCCCCUCGGUGCCUACAGUGUGCUGGGCACAACAUUCAGAAGGGAAGACGACUCUAAGGCAGUUUUCAUUGCAUUGGCCGACACGGUCAAUUAUGCUUCGACGCCCAGUCAGAUCCCAGGAAAGGGAGGUACCUGGGAAGUGGUGGUGAAACCCCGUACAUCAGAUGAUGAAUUUAUCAACAGACUGAAGUGCUUCCUGAAACAUGAGGGCCGGAGAAUGGUAGAUACGGUCAGAACCGUGGGGACGUACCUUGAGGACAUAGAGCCAAAAGGCUUGGCUCAAGUCAAGCCACCAGACCUGCAGCCUCUGAAAGGAAGCAUGUGGUACCGAAAACUGAAGGUGUUUUCGGGAAACACUUUCCCAGGCCCAGGCGAAGAGAACUUUGAAGCCUGGCUAGAGCAGGUGACUGAGUUGAUGCAGAUGUGGCAGGUGUCUGAGGUAGAGAAGCAGCGGCGUUUGCUGGAAAGCUUACGCGGCCCCGCCCUGUCCAUCAUGCGGGCGCUCCGGGCCAACAGCGAGUCCAUGACUGUAGCGCAGUGCCUGGACGCCCUGAAGCAGAUCUUUGGGAAUAAAGAGGACUAUAGAACCUCACAGUUAAAGUUCCUCCAGAUCUUCCAGAAGUCCGGAGAGAAAGUCUCUACCUUUCUGGUACGGUUAGAGCCCGUGCUGCAGAACGCUGUGAAGCACAGCCCCGAGUCAGUGGGAAGGGCAGACGUGAUUCGCCUGAAAUACAUCCUGGCUCAGGCCUCCAUGAGCACCUCCCUCCAGGGCAAGCUCAAGCUCAUGGAGCAGCGAGGGCAUGCGCCCACUUUCCUGGAGUUAAUGAAGCUCAUUCGAGAUGAGGAGGAGUUAGAGGCCGCCAUGGCCCUGACCAGGGAGAAGCAGAGGCAAGUAGAAAGGGGCCGCAUGGCCUCUGGCGCCCAGGCACUGGCAAAAACCAGUGUCCCCGUCUCUCCGGUCAGGGAGCAGACAAGGCUGUUUCGUGAGAGCAGCACGCAGACCGUCCAGGAAGGGGCCACCCUGUCACUGAAGCGCACGCAGGUGCCAUGCUGCUGCGGGACUGGGGAGGAAGGCCACAGCCAGACAGCGUGUCCUAGGGAUGAGGGCCAAUCCCCGGCAAAGCAGAAGCCUCAGCCUGCAGCAGAAGAGUUGGGAAACGAGAUGGGGGCUGGGGCCAUGAGCCACCCCAAGCCCUAG